ACGUGUGUGCUUCUCACUGGCACUUUACAGGGACGACGAUCAGAUAUCGGUGGACCGAUGGACCAAUUCCAGGACCAGCGGACCAUGGUUGUGAUUCCCAUAGGAUGACGUUUAUGACGCUUUCAACUCCAAGUAGUGGAGGCAUAGGGCGCACAGCUAGAACAAAUCCAAGAUUAAUCGACAAGCCUCAACAGCCAUCAACGAUCUAGGCGUUUAUCACGAUAGUGACUAGAUCACGCAAACGUUUGCCAGCCUACUCGCUCCGACAACCAUCCGUAACUUCAUAUCAUAUUCGUUGGAAGGAGAUCCGAUAAUCACCCGUAUUCGGCCUCUCCUACAUGUUUUCGUAGAGAUCUGCUCACUUAUAAAUUUCACUCCGUCAUGGCUUCCUCGAGCUCCAUAUUCCCCACAUCAGACGAAAGCUUUGCAGAUAUGGAGGGCAAACACCUCAUCGUUGUCGCCAACCGUCUUCCCAUCACAAUUACCAAAGAUGCAUCCGGCGAAUACCACUUUAAAAUGUCUUCUGGAGGGCUGGUAUCCGCCCUCUCCGGUUUCAAGAAAUCAUUAAGCUUCACCUGGAUCGGUUGGCCGGGUUUUUACAUCCCACCGAAGGACCGAGCUUACGUCGACAAGCGUCUCAUGGAGGAGUACAAUUGUCAAGCCGUAUAUCUUGACGAUGACGUCGCUGAGGGCCAUUACAACGGAUUCUCUAAUUCCAUCCUAUGGCCGCUAUUUCACUACCAUCCCGGAGAGAUGAACUUCGAUGAAGAGAACUGGCUGAUGUACCGUCAGGCCAACUUCCGGUUUGCCGAGACCGUACGCUCGCAAAUCACACCCGGCAGUAUGGUAUGGGUGCAGGACUAUCACUUGAUGCUCCUGCCCAUGAUACUACGCGGCCUCGUUGACGGCUCAUCUGGAGGUGAAUACCAGAAACGAGAGCUGACCAAGAUUGCGGAGGGUAUCGAGGAGGAAGUUUGCACCUCUUCUGAAAGAAUACCCGACGUCAAGAUCGGGUUCUUUUUGCACACACCCUUCCCCAGCAGUGAAAUUUACAGGAUCCUCCCUGUCCGGCGUGAAAUUCUCCUGGGUAUCCUCUUCUGCGACCUCAUUGGCUUUCACACUUACGACUACGCCCGUCACUUUUUGUCUUCAUGCACGCGCAUCCUUGGCUUGCCCACAAUGCCUAACGGUGUUGAGUUUGAGGGUCGCUUAGCUCACGUUGGCACAUUCCCUAUUGGCAUUGAACCUUCUUCAUUCAUCAAGAACCUAGAGAAAGAUUCCGUUAAAUCUCGCAUAGCUCAACUCGAACAGCGUUUUAAUGGAGUGAAAGUCAUCGUUGGGGUUGAUCGUCUCGAUUACAUCAAAGGAGUUCCCCAGAAACUUCAUGCCCUCGAGCUCUUCUUGACACAGCACCCUGAGUGGAUCGGCAAAGUCGUGUUGGUGCAGCUCGCCGUGCCGUCUAGACAAGAUGUCGAAGAUUACCAAAACCUGCGGUCAACGGUAAACGAGCUUGUCGGUCGCAUUAACGGUGCUUUUGGUACAGUCGAAUUCAUGCCAAUACAUUUCAUGCACAAGAGUCUGGCCUUUGACGAACUAUGCGCCCUUUACGCAAUUAGCGAUGUUUGUUUGGUGACAAGUACGAGGGAUGGGAUGAAUCUGGUCUCGUACGAGUAUAUUGCCUGCCAGCAGGCUCGUCAGGGCGCAAUGAUCCUCUCCGAAUUCGCCGGAGCCGCGCAGAGUCUCAACGGAUCAAUCGUCGUCAACCCGUGGGAUUCUCAACAGGUCGCAGACGCGAUUCACGAAGCUGUCACGAUGGAUACAGAGACGCGUGCUGAGAACCACCGCAAACUUUUCAAAUACGUCAACAAAUACUCCGCGGCUUUCUGGGGCACGAGCUUCAUCAAGGAAAUGAGCAAGCUGAAGCAGGAUGAACCGAAGAAUGACGAAGGCCCAGGUAGCGACCUCGUUGGCGGACAAGUGCCUACGCCGCAGGUGGUAAGCCCAGAUGCAUAAACAUCUGGGAAGGCAAGUAACCUCUAUUUAGGCAUUGGGUCGGAUAAUUGCGUUUCAUCUUUGGCGCUCGACCUGGGGUGCCGUUUGUUGGCUGUUCCAUAUGAUUAUUCCAUAUCUUCAAUGGUUUUCUAGAACAUAGACGGGGUGGCACAUUACACGACGAUGGAGAAUAAAGUACUACAUAGUAGCAUGAGGUGAACACGUUUUUGCAUGCUCGCCUCCGCU